AUGUCAAUGCUUAUGAAUGGUUUCAAAUAUAUUAUACCAUGUCAAAGUCGAUUAUGUUCUCGUCAAUCUAUCAAUGAAAUUAUCCAUGAACAAUAUCAAAAAAUAGCUUCAACUGUAAAAGAUUGUCUAAAUGAUCAUCGAAUACCAAUUGCGGGCGCACGAACAAUUCAAAUAUUUUCAGAAUUAGAACGUACAUUACAUCAAUUGCAAUCACAAAAAUUAUCAAAAGUAUUAGGAAAACGUGCUCAAUAUGAAUAUAAAAUCGUUCGAAGUAUCCAACGUCUUAUACAUCGACGAAAAGAUAUUGUUGUACGUCGAACAGAUAAAAACAAAGUAUUCUAUAUUGGUAAAGCAAUAGAUUUUGAACGUAAAGCUGAAGAAUAUAUGUUAAAAACUGAUGCUUAUCAAGAAAUUCCUGAUGGUCAUUGUCCUCUUGCCGAUAAUUUACAUGCUCCUCAAACACCAUUACGACCUAUCAUUGCAUCUAUACGUGCACCAGCAACAUUGGUAUCGCAAUUUUUAAAUGAUCUUUUAGCACCCAUAUAUUUAGAUGUUACUCGUAAAUAUACAUUUAUUAAUGACAUUGAUGUCAACCGAACAUUAGAAAAAUAUGCUGCAAAUGGUUAUCUUACAUCAACAACCAAAUUUGUUACUUCUGAUGUUGAAAAUCUUUAUACAAUGAUACCAAGAAAAGGUGCAUUAGAAGCAUUAGGUCGAUUUUGCAUUAGACAUUCGAAGCAAGGUAAAAUUGGAACCUUUGCAAUUGAUCAUAUUAUGAAAAUGGCUCGUGUCAUUUUGGAUACGAAUUGUUUUGCGUACAAUAAGAAAUACUAUAAACAAAUUCGUGGUGGAGCAAUGGGUUCAGCAUUUACACAAGUUUUAGCUAAUAUUUAUAUGUUUGAAUGGGAACAAGAUCUUAUUCAAUAUCAAGAAACACAUAAUGGAAUUUAUGGAAGAUAUAUAGAUGAUAUUUUUAUGACAACAAAUGAAACCAUCGAAGAAAUUAAUCGUGAACUUGAAAAAGCGCAACUUAAAGAUAUUAAUAUUAAAAUUACAACUAUAAUAAGUACAUCUGUACAUUUUCUCGAUGUUACUAUUACAAAUGAGAAUGGAAAACUCAGAACAUCUAUUUAUCAUAAACCAACAACUGAACCAUAUAUUUUACCAUAUACAUCGGAUCAUCCACAUCAUAUUCAUCGUAAUAUUCCAUAUGAAGCAUUAUUACGUGCUGCUCGUAUUUGUUCACAUGUCAAUGAUUUUAAUUCAGAACGUAUCCGUAUUGAUAUGUCAUUAUUAUUGAAUAGUUAUCCACCAAAUUUUAUUACUAAACAAUUCCACCGAUUCUUUCGUUUAAAUAGUGCAAUGCCUGUAUUAACUGAAUUAAAUGAAGAUGUUUACCACCAUUUACAUCAAACUCUAUUACAACAACCAACACGUCGUGAGAAAAAACUUAUUAACGUGAUGCAUGAUUCAAUUAUAAAACCAUUCGUAUUACAACCAAAAAUAUGGAAUAAAGAAAUAAUGUAUCCAUGUUAUCUCUAUGAUGCUAGUCUCACUAGUAAUUUACCAAAUCAAUUCUACAAAUGGUGGCAAACCUAUUAUGCAUUUCCUGGAUCACCACUUGAACACAUAAAAGUGAUGCUUGUCGCAAACACCCAUCGUACUUUAGAAAGUUUUUUCAUUCACAAGAAACCUCCAUGCGAACUACUAACAAAAAUGGAAACAAUAUGA